UAUUGAGAGCGAAACGGUAUAUUUGUUUGGCUCUUCCGUGGUCACACCGUUUCUUUGACUUUGCCGCGGUCACACUAUUAACCACAAUGGCGAAUACAUCAAGUACCGGCGUUGUGGUGCCACGAAAUUUCCGCUUAUUGGAGGAGCUGGAUCAGGGCCAGAAGGGCGUGGGCGAUGGCACCAUAUCGUGGGGAUUGGAGAACGACGACGACAUGACGCUCACUUACUGGAUCGGCAUGAUCAUCGGUCCGCCUAGAACACCGUUCGAAAAUCGAAUGUAUUCACUAAAGAUCGAGUGCGGCGAACGUUAUCCGGAUGAGCCACCGACGCUCAGGUUUUUAACUAAAGUAAACAUUAACUGCAUUAACCAGAACAAUGGAGUGGUUGAUCAUAGAUCAGUUCAGAUGUUGGCCAGGUGGAGUCGUGAAUACACUAUAAAAACGAUGCUGCAGGAAAUCCGUAGGAUUAUGACCAUGAAAGAGAACCUGAAGCUGGCACAGCCGCCAGAAGGAAGCUGUUUUUAGUCGACAAACAUCCGUUAGCAACACCAGCAGCAGCUGCAGCAGCUCUGACUGCAACUUCAGCGGGAGCAGCAUCCACACUCUAUUCAGUAAUAGCAGGAAAAUCCCAUCAGUCCAAGUCCAAGACCAAGGUCACACAUUCGUGGAAGAUAUUGUGUAGUGCUGUUCCUUCGAGUUGCUGUGGCGGCAGCGAAUGAUUAUAAUGAACGUAAUAAAAAUCGAGUGCGGUUAUUGUGGAAACAUCAACAACCAAAUGCAAGCUAUACUAUAAGUAAAGGGAACAGCAGCGAAAAAUGCGAUAGAAGCGUCACUAUGAAAAGGUCGUCGUCGUCCCUUCCGUCAUGAACUAUGUCAUCGUGUUUGGUUACUUUACUUCUACUUCAGUCCCAACCAACAACUUCUUAUAUAAGAAAUAAAACAGCAGCGAAAGCAACAAGUAAACGCCUAUGAAAAAGAUGCGAAAAAUCAGUUCAUAAUUUAAACCCAGCAACAAAAUCCAUAAUCUAAUCGAACAGAAAAGUAAAGUAUGAAAAUUAUAAAGAUUAAAUGAGAUCACAACAUAAGAGUCGAGUUCUUUGAAAAGAGAAGCGUAAUUAUUGUUUUUUGCCUAAACUAAAAAUUUAUUAAUUAUAUACAUAAAGCAAAAUAUAUAUUAAUUUUAAUAAAACAAAGAACAACA